AUGUUCUCGCUAUCCAACAACUUCAUUACAGAUCGAUCGGUAACAACCACCGACCACGAAAGGUAUCACCUAAGUGCGACAAGCUUUGCUGCCGCCGCUGGAGACGGCUCUGGUUCAAUCUCGACCAGUCCUGGCUCUGCCACGUCCUCACUGGCCUACACUGCAAACUAUCCAAACCAUUACACAGCGUAUGCCGCGCCUGUCGCACCUGUCCAACAUUUCGUCAACCAUUCUGGAUUGAGUGGACGCAUAUACGUUGUAGCCNUGGAUGAUCCAGCCCAAGGACUUGCUGCCUGGCGAUCUCCAGCUCCAGCUCUAGGUCACUCACUGUCGCCAUCCACAACCAGCAUCACCACUCGUGACUACAUUCACACAGGUAAUCUUCCUACUCCGAGUCACCUAUCUUCUCCUCCGACAUCCACCUGCACGGGGUACUCGGAGACUCCACGUUCGUUGACUGGCGUCGCAACCNCCCUCUCUCCAUCUUCAAACCCGCUUCUGUCUGCCCAAAUGGCUUCUUUGAGCACUACUGGAUAUGGAACACAUCGCAGCGAAUGCCAGAACUUCCCCUGGGUGCAGCACGAGAGCUUCCACAAUCUCGAAUGCGAGGGCCAGGAGGUUGUGCCUAGAAUUCACGCAAAGAUGGAGAAAGGCUUCUUUUUGUCUCCUGACAGAUCCUGGACAUGUUACCGACGCAAUUACUUUUCCGUGACUUGCUCAUUCGAGCUAACGCCACACAUUGGAAACGGAAGACUUUGUCUCAAUGGUCAACGAGUUCAGGCCAUGGGCAUGAAGCUGACUGCAGCCGUCGACGGGCAAACGGGAAAAGGCGUCGAGCUCAUCCAACACACACCCAAACGAGACCGAGGUCCCAAGAAUGCGAUCCCGAUCAUCAAGAUAUCACCCACUCCGCCCAAUGGACGACCCGCCGAGUCGACUCUUAGCCCGCACGGUGUUUACCAUGUGCCAAUGUCUUCGUUCCACGCAACUGGCGUUCCCACUGGUCCACACCUUCCCUUUCAAAACACCCGCGACGAGUCUCCCGCAUCGAGUCGAUCGACGUCGCCCGCAGGCCGAAGACAUGAAUAUACCUUUGGCCAUCUUGCCAGCGGUCAACUGCCAAUGCCGGGUCAAAACAUCCAACACACAUUCGAGCGUGUGCAGUUCAAAUCAGCGACGGCCAACAAUGGCAAGCGAAGAGCAUCUCAGCAAUACUUCCACCUCAUGGUUGAGCUCUGGGUUGACGUUCGGGAAGAUGAAACCAGGAAGCCCAAAUGGAUCAAGAUUGCCUGCGCGAUCAGCGACAAGGUGGUGGUGCGCGGUCGAAGCCCCAGCCAUUACAAGGCUGAGAACCAAGGUGGUGGUUCUUCAUCCACUGGUCGUGGAGGAAGCACUGGAGGCUAUGACGGCUCGAGUGGAAGCUAUGGUGGCCUGAAUCGUGGUAGUUUCAGAGGAGCUGGCUACGCCACUGGGCCAGGCAACACAGGAGGGUUCCGUGCCAGUCAACAAUACCAGUCGGCAGCAUCGCCCGAGAAAGGAUAUUCGUCCAGCGCCGGGUCAAGUGUGGCCGAAGCGGUUGACAUGAAGCACACUCUCGAAGCCGAACCCACUCACGAUGAAGACAUAGCGAUGCAAGACUUUGCUGGUUAUCAGUACAUACCGACGACUCUUUACGACGGCACUUCGGUGCAAACCAAAGCGGACAGCCCAAACGCAACCUCAGGAGCCGGACAGACUGGCGAUAAGAAGUUCUCGAUCAGGGAUGAGUAUCCUGAAGCAUUGCCUGGAACACAGUGGAGCAUGGGCAACUGCAACCGCUUCCAGGGAGUGGAAAGCAGCAGAGGAUAUUACCCAGCGUUCAGCACCACUGGGUUCUAA